AUGGCUGAUCCCAGCCGCCCACCUCACCCCAGCGGCCCUCCGCCAGGACGCGCCCCUUCCCACUCGUCUGCUAUUCGCAGUACAGAUGCAAGCCGCGUGGCAUCUCCUGCUUGUACCACCGUGGGCCAGCCCGGCCAGCCCGGCUGGACCGAGGGGCCUGGUUUUGAUCCAGCUCGGAUGGGAGGCCCUACCAGAAAGGCAGGAAACACGCGAAUGGAACUGCCUCCUGACGCCUAUGUGUCCGACACGCAGAAGUCAAUGUUUACGCUCCGAGGCAACAACCUCAACACCGAGGGAUCACCCGCUGUUGUGGAGGUGAAUCAAUAUCGUAUGACAAAGUUUGACUUCACCAAGAAGAUUUACCAAUAUGAUGUUGCAUUGUCACCAGAUCCAGACAAGAAAGUCGCCAUCCUCAAGAAAAUUUGGGAGCACUCUACAUUCAAGGCUGCCUUGCAGAAGUACAAUUAUGAAAUGUGGAUAUGUGAUGGCAACAAGCUUGCUUGGUCUCCCGCUUUGGUUGAUCGAGGCGAGCUGCGGUUUACCGUCAAUCUUGAUGAGGGUCGACCUCAGGCUCAGAAGCAACCAUCAAAACCUCCCCGUCAAAGCAAUGUUUUCCAUGUGACGCUGCGAAAGACCACUGAGGUCCAGAUGUCUGCUCUGAAAGGCUACCUCGAGCAGCGCAUUCAGUUCAACAACGCCGUCAAUGAGGCGUUGAACUUUGUUGACCAUCUGAUUCGACAGUGGCCAUCGCAGAACCUCUUGGCCAUCAAGAGAAACUUCUACAAGCGACAGGCCAAGGGUCGUCCUCUGAUGGAUGGCUCUCUCGUCGAGGUGCACAAAGGCACCUAUGCCUCCAUCAGAUUAAGCCACAAUCUGAACCGGGGCGCAGUCGGUCUCGCGUUGAACGCAGACAUCGCCAAUACAUGCUUUUGGGUUGGCAAUCAGACAGUGGACAGACUGGCAUGCAACUAUCUUGCGGCAGUCGAGCCCAGACGUUGGCGCAAUCUGAACCCCAACGAUUUCGCGAACCAACUCAAGCCGGUACGUGGGAAGAAUGAUAAGUGGGAGACAAGCGAUGCCUUUAAACAACUCCGCAAGCUACGAAGACUUAAGUUCACCGUCCGUCACCCAAACCGCACCGCUCCGGGCGACAAAAUUUAUACUAUCCAAGACAUAGUUUUUCGACAGGACUAUGGAGCUGAAGGUGGCACCGCCCGCGCUGUCAAGUUCGACCAUGAAGGGCAGCAAAUCUCAGUUGCGCAAUAUUUCGAACAGAAGUACAAGGCUUUCCUGCGAUUUGCAAAUUUUCCGCUUAUUGAUGCUGGCAAAGGGGGCUAUAUUCCGAUGGAAUUUGCCAUGGUUGAGCCCAUGCAGCGAUAUCCUUUCAAGCUCAACCCAGAUCAAACUGCUGCGAUGAUCAAAAUCGCAGUUACAAGACCAAAGGACAGACGGACUGACAUCCAAACACAUGUCAACGACCUUCAGAUCUCUAAUGAUCCCUACUUGCGCCAUUAUGGAGUCCAAUUCGACCCUCAAUUUACCAAAGUUGAUGCAAAAGUUCUUGCACCACCUGUUGUCAAUUUUGGGACGGGUACGGCGGAUCCGAAGUUCUCUGGCCGGUGGGAUCUUCGCGGCAAGAAGUUUUGGAGACAGAAUUUCGCUCCGCUCAUCAACUGGGGUUUCUUAGUUCUCGACAACUGUGUGCAGCUCCCCCAGCUCCAGGCAUUUUCCCAGACCUUCAAGACCACAUUUAUUGGCCACGGAGGGAAGUGUACUGGUGAGCCGCUGCUGCUUACGCCCCCCGGCAACGUGAGAGGCGAUGUUGCGGAAUCACUACACUGGGCCUAUUCUCAGAUUCUGAACACAAAGGGAUACCCUCAACUGAUCUUUGUUGUUGUACAGCAUAAGAACAGCCCGCAUUAUAUGCGGCUCAAAAAGUCUGCGGAUUGUCGCUUUGGCAUUCUCACCCAAGUGGUUAAUGGAAAAGCCGUGUCCGAAAAUAAUGGGCAAUACCACUCCAAUGUGUGUAUGAAGGUGAACGCCAAAUUGGGUGGUGCGACGUCUCGCACUAUUCCUCCUUGGAAGACAAAGACGGCCACAUACUUUCCCGAGUCUCGCCCAACCAUGAUUAUUGGAGUGGACGUUUCUCACGCUGCCCCGGGAGGUGUAACUGCCUCCGUCGCAGCUAUGACUAUGUCUGUCGACCGGGAUGCCAAUCGAUACGCCGCGGCAGUUGAAACCAAUGGCUACCGAACCGAGAUGCUGACACCGAGCAACAUCAACUUUAUGUUUAGUCAGUUGUCAGAGCAGUGGAAGGCAAAUCAUGGAGUUUUCCCCAAGCACAUCAUCUACUUUCGAGAUGGUGUUUCUGAGGGACAAUUUGCGCAAGUGAUUGAGCAGGAGAUCAAUGAGAUCAAACGCUACUUGGGCCGAGCAGCCCCCAAUCAGCCUAUGCCACAGUUCACCGUCAUUGUGGCUACAAAGCGCCAUCACAUUCGCUUUUUCCCGCAAAAGGGCGACAGGAAUGGCAAUCCGCUCCCUGGUACUCUUGUUGAAAAGGAGGUCACCCACCCCUUUAUGUGGGAUUUUUAUCUUUGCUCUCACGUGGCUAUUCAAGGAACAGCUCGCCCUGUCCACUACAACGUGAUUAUGGACGAGGCCAAAAUGCCUGCAAAUGAGUUGCAAAAAAUGAUCUAUCACCAGAGUUACUCGUACGCUAGAUCAACGACACCGGUAUCUCUGCAUCCGGCAGUCUACUAUGCGCAUCUCGCUGGUGAUCGAGCUCGAGCCCACGAGAACUCCUACAGCAGCGACGGAUUCCAGCAAGGUUCGAAGGGCCAUGAAAUGGCCCGUGACCAGGAAGCCAAGGGUCAUCUGGCUGAAAUGCCAAUGGCGACGGACGCGCCGAAACUCCUGCCGCUAGGUGGUAGAGUUGGCCCCAACCCGGCUCCUGGGGAAGAGAGGCAGAGGGGCUUUUUUAGGUCUACGAUGUGGUAUAUCUAA